AUGGUCGAAGAUGCGUGGUUCAACACGUGGCUUUUGCACAACUCUGUGUUGAAGUAUCCCUAUCCCGGGACCCACAGAUGUGGGCUCCCGCCCGAGGACAUCACAAACGAACCGCUUUGCAGGGCUCUUCCAGUAGCCCUCUUUCCUCCUCCGCCCGCUCCCAAACUGCCACCUGCUGGGUCAGCGGAAUGGCUAGCCGCUAAGAAAAAAAAUUCGGUGCCCAAGGCUCCCCCCACAGUAGGCGGGGUGCAGGCACCGAAGAAUAUGCAGAAAGACAAGGCUGGACCACCUGGGGAACGCGGGGAUGUACAUCUAUGGGGCAUCUCACCGCCGAGCCGCUCCUCUUCCGGCAGUAGCGACGACCGCUCGCUAGCCACGCCAAGCCCAACGUCGGUGUGCAUAGUCCUCGAGCAGCCACAGGACGUCUCGCCCGCAAUAAUACCAGCCGGUGAUUCGCUCUGGGACAUCGGCGCCCCACCCGGCUUGGUACACCCAAGUAAGCGCGCCGACCUGGCGCCUCCGUUGAACGAACAGGAGGAUUAUUUCCCCUGUGUUAUGCUCUCCGAGCCCGUGGGAUCCCCCAUGGAUGCAGAGGCUUAUGCUGACUAUACCGCCGACUGGCAGCUUGGUCCGGAUGUCUUGGAAGCGGCCGACAUGGCGCCGAGGCCUGUAGACCCGGGUGAGAACCUCUGGGGCGGAUAUGGUGAGCAGGAUUCCGGGUCGGAACCUGAGGAGUUAUGCCCUGCGCACGGCGCGACGUGUUCAAAGGGCAUAUGCAAGGAACGCGCACGGAUCAUUAAGGAGAAGGAGAGACGCGAGCGGGAAGCUGCGCAGGCUCAGCGGGGACGGGGUCGCGGAAGGGGCCGAGGAGCAGGGUCUAACCGUGGUCGGGGAUUCAAGUCCAACAGCCGUGUUACCGGUAAUGUGUCGACUGCAAAGACAUGGCGAGUCCCUCAGCCCGUUUCUACGCCGAACUCCGGCUCUGGUUCAGUUUCCAGUUCAGACUCGUCUGAAUCUAACAGGAGCUCUGCAACGAGCGGAGGAAAGGGUUGGGGCGUGGGUAGUGCAGUAAGCAAAACCCCUUGGGAUGUACAAUCCGGCAAGACUCAAAUCAGUGCGGUGCAACGCAGCCCCAGCUCGGACGCAUCAGGUAUUAAGCAAGGUGAUGGCUGGACCACUAAAAGCGCCCGGAACAAAGCCCCCUGGGCUAUCAAGCCUAGCGAGACUCGGAUCGGAGCUAUGAACUCUGUCACCACCUCGGACUCCAGCAAUGUGAACGGAGGCGAUCGCGGCGCUACUGGCAGCGCCGUAAGCAAGAUGUCGUGGGGCGUUCAAACCAACCAGGUGCCGGGCAAUCCUGUCGCCCCUCAGUCCAGCACUGCUUCCGUGGCAUCUGACCGAUGGGCCACGGACAGCGUCGUUGGUACGACUCCUUGGGACGUUCAAGGCAUCCAGGGGGUACUCGGUCCCACCGCCACCCAGUCGAGCGCUGCUUCUGUGGCGUCCGACCGCUGGGCCACAGAAAGCGUUGUUGGCAAAACUCCCUGGGAUGCCGAGAGUGUCCAGGGCGCCACCGCUCCUUCCACUGCUGUUUCCGAGGUGCCCGACCGCUGGGCCACGGAAAGCGCUGUGGGGCCGACGCCUUGGGACAUUCAGCCUUCGAGUGGCGGCAAGCGGCCCAGCGAGACUUCCCAUAGGCCCGUGAAGUCUGCCGGGAAGGCUAGCUGGGCUGAUCUUGUCGACCAGGAGUUUCCUCUCACUCCUGCUUCUUCCAGCAAUAAGAAUAAAAAGAAGAAGAAUGCCAAGGCCAGUUCUAGUAAGCCCCAGCCCGUUGUGAGUCGUGCGCCCAGUGUCGCGGGCAGCGGAUGGGGCGAUGUUCCUAAGACACCGUGGUCUUAA